AUGGGGGUAGACAUUAAGCCAGAUGACAUUGGGCACGGUCGAGACGCCCAGAGUCCGGAAGAUGCAAUCAAGAAGACCAAGGAGUACCUGGCCAACCCGAAAUUGUACCCAAAUGGAAGGCUCAAGCUGGACGGGAAGACGGAUAUAAUCAAGCAGCGAUUUGAGGAUUUCCGCAUCAAGGCCAAGGGCAUCCCCCCAAAGCCGCACUUCUUCCUCGCUCAUCAGAUCCAUCUCGCUGAAGACAAGAAGUUCUGGCUGAUAGGAAGGCGGGACCCGUUCGAUCAAGUGCAAUACAUUAACCCGAAGGGCAAAGAACGGGAUGGACAUGCCGGCAUGUCCAUGAUUCACAUCAUGGGCAUUCCCAGGAACGACCCAAAGAGAGACGGCUCCCUGAGCCGGGAGCCGAUCUACAACGGCGUCUCCCUGCACGCCAAGAACGCCGACGUCCUGCAACACAUGAAGAAGACGUUCAAGUACUGGUGGGACGCGGAGCCCAACAGGCGCACGCGCAAGAACAUCAUCGGCGCGCAGGCGCGGGCGAUCGUGUGGAAGUUCAAGGAGGACCUCAAGGCGCUGGGCAAGGCGGACGGGGUCGACGCGCAGACCAAGGCCGAGAAUUCCAAAAGGGGCGUGCAGGGCGAGUACCAGGGCGGCGCGGAGCUGCUGGACCAGGUGGAGGAGAUCCAGGAGAAGAGCUGCAUAUCCACGGCCGAGUUCCGCUACGAGGACCUGCACCGCUGGGACAAGUUCCUCGGACUGCUGUGCAUGCACGUCCGGGGCCGUGCGCAGGUCAAGAAGAACCCCAAGCUGAGCCCGUCGGUGUUGGGUUGGCAGCACCCGGUCAACCGGCUCCUCAAGGCCCACGAGAGCUACAAGCUGCUGAGAAAGUACGAGGAGGAGGACGUGAUCCGGUUCGAGGACUUUGACUUUGCGCUGCACCUCCGGCCCGACAACAGCGUCGACUACCUCCACAUGCACAUCUUCUGUUGGUAG